UCACGGGGAUAUGACCCUCCUUGUCCGUGGUGUUUUUAGAGCGUUAACAGUUACUUCCUGUGAAAGAUAAACAAAUGGAGUUCAGCACGCGUUCCUGUCAAAAUAUUAAAAAAUGUAACACUAAACGGGGAUACAAACAUACAAAAUGCCUGGACAGAAGAGAAAGUACAGCGUGCGUUUUCCACCUGGACGCAUCAAGAAAAUCAUGCAGAAAGAUACUGAGGUGGGAAGAAUUGCAACAGCUGUGCCCGUGAUCAUAUCUCAGGCUUUGGAGAUGUUUCUGAAAUCCCUGUUGACCAAAACUUGUCAGAUUACCAAAUCAAAGCACAGCAGAGUCAUGUCUAUCACUCACGUGAAGCAGUGUAUAGAAACAGAGAAGCUCUUCGACUUUCUCAAGGAACUUGCAGAGCAUGCAACCAUGACAACGAAGAGGGAGGGUCGGGGCAAGGGGUUGUCCAUACACUCACACAGAAGAAAGUGUCAGGAAAUGUCUGUCUCCCAACAGAAUCAUGUGGAAAAGAAACCUAAAAAAGCCAAUCAAGACACCUUGGACAACCCAGACAGUUCCACUGAUGUGGAUUCCGAGAUGUACAUCUGCUUAGGAGCUAGUGCAUGACUCAUAUACUGGAGGUGAUCCUUUUUUAAGUAAAAAAGCUUUCUUCUUGCAACAUUGGAGUUACCAGUGGGAAACGCGCUACAAGAAGCCGAGCAUAGUCAUAAUGGAUUUUUAAAUAACGCUAUCUUUUUGUUUUCUUUUAAUUUAUCUUGCGCAACUGUUGAGGUGUCAGGGCGAUGCCUUGGCUGUGUUUACACAGGCAUCCCAUCUUUUUCACAGGCGAUUAAAGACAAAUAAAUUAGAAUUAGGCCGCCUGUUUAAACGCAGCCCGUGAAAACUGAAUGACGUGAACUGCAUUGAUUUUGUAAAUGUUAUGGUUACUAUGAAAUUAUCGAGUUUUAAACUUUGAUUAACCUGCAGCAAUUUUUUUGUUUUGUUUUGUUAAUAUUGUAAAUAUAGAGAAUGUAUAUGUGAUGAACAUUUUGUUUCGCAAGUAGUAUUUAAAGAAUGACUGACGCCAUUCACCUGUUGAAUGUAUCUGAGCACUUUCACUAUGCAGAUUUUGAAGACAUUUUAGCCUGUUGGCUGUUAUUUGCCAGGUUCCCACCACCAACGUGUGGUUCAGUAGUGAAAUAAAUUGCUAUGUUAGAUGUUACUUGUAGCACUAGUUUUCCCAUUCAUGUUAUUUGUUGCAAACACAUUCUAUAAUAAACAAAAAAAGUUAUUUUACUUG